AUGAUGAAUGAAGAAUGGCGGACGCUGUCAUAGUGGGAUAUUUGUUCACAUUUUUAUUAAUAAAUUGUUGUUAUGCUGGUCUCCCCGGCUUGGACAACACAGACACAGAUGGCUCUCCAAGCACUCAGACAGACAAUCAUCUCAGAGAUGAACCUUCAUCCAUUGAUAAAAUGGUGGUUCAGUUAUAUCCAAGGUAUAAAUGCCAUCAAUGUGAGCCACCCGAUUGUGGUCCAGAAGAGACUGUGAUGGGAGUCUGCAGGGAUGCUCUGUACUGUUACAAGUCCUCUGUGAGAGCAUCCGAUGGCACUCUCCGGUAUUCCCGAGGAUGUUUCACGAGUGUAGACCAGGCGCAGUUUACUUGUCGGACUAGUCAGCCUCCUUUAGGGCUGAGGAAGCGUCAUGCUGGCCAGUUGAACAUCAAGUGCUGUCAGGAUGACAUGUGUAAUUCUGGAAGCUUCCCCGACCUUCCUCCUGCGGUGGACACCUCUAUUGAACCAGUACCCUCAAAUGCAUGGAAGUUGUGGCUCAGUGUGACAUUAUCUGUGCUCUUUGUUAGUGCCAUUGGUGGUAUUGGAAUAUUUUUGCUGCGGAGAAGUCAUAGACUGCGUGUGUCUCGAGCGGCUCUGCAUAAACUAGGCCCAGAUUCCAGCUACUUGUCGACCAACUUGUAUGGACCUCUUGUCACAAGUACAUGCUAUGAAGGUCUAGAAGGGUCACAGAACGGUGGUGGUCUGAAAGCGGUGGCUGCAGGAGACUCCACUCUGCGGGAGUACCUGGAGAGCUCAGUGACCAGCGGCUCUGGCUCUGGUCUGCCACUCAUGGUGCAGCGGACCCUGGCCAAACAGGUCACACUAAUUGAUUGUGUCGGAAAGGGUCGUUACGGUGAAGUAUGGCGAGGGUCGUGGUGUGCGGACAGUGUGGCUGUGAAGAUCUUCUUCUCCAGAGAUGAGGCAUCAUGGCGUCGGGAGACAGAAGUGUACAGUACUGUGUUACUCCGACAUGAGAACAUAUUGGCUUACAUCGGCAGUGAUAUGACCAGCAGGAAUAGUUGCACUCAGUUAUGGCUGAUAACGCAUUUUCAUCCGUUGGGUUCUUUGUAUGAACAUUUGAACCGCAGCACUCUCAGCCGUCAUCAGAUGAUGCUGCUCUGUCUCUCAAUAGUCAACGGUUUACUCCAUCUCCAUACAGAUAUACAUGGAACACAGGGUAAGCCGGCUAUAGCACAUAGGGAUAUAAAGAGUAAGAAUAUCCUGGUGAAGGUGAACGGAGAAUGCUGCAUUGCUGACUUCGGUCUGGCUGUGACACGUCGUCAUGUUCAGCAACACCAGCUCAGUGCGAGACAGGGCACCAAGAGAUACAUGAGCCCGGAGAUGCUGGAUCAGAGUAUGAAUGUACAAUGUUUCGAUGCGUACCGUAAAUGUGAUGUGUACGCGCUGGCGCUGGUGCUGUGGGAGGUGACAAGAGCUGCUACAGGUCUGGAGUACCGGCCUCCGUACCAUGAGCUGGCACCACAGGAUCCAAGCUUUGAGGAUAUGAGGAAGGUGGUCUGUGUAGACGGUGCCAGACCUGAACCCCCUCAGGAGAUGCAUCCGACAAUGGUGGGAUUGGCAAAUCUAAUGCGUGAGUGUUGGCAUCAAAAUCCAUCAGUAAGACUUCCAGCUCUCAGAAUAAAGAAAACAUUACUCAAGUUAGCAGUAAAUGAUAAUUCAAUACAUUUGAAUGAAGACAAUGAAGUGUCAGUGUAGUGACAAUGUUUGUGAUAAGUGACAGUGAUUAGUGACAAAUUAUAUUCUAGUGUUUCCCAUUUGUCCCUUUGGUAUCUUAUAUGGGAUGUCUUUUUCCUGUUUAACCGACACAUUCCGCUGGUGUAGUGACCCAAAGUGAACCUUGGCUUCCGAUACAAGAGACCACCAGUUGUCUGUCCUGUCUUCUCCUGCCAGUCCAUCUCUUGGUCUCCAGCGGUAUCUGGGUAAGCUAGAUUAACCAAUUGUCUUUUAUUUCAAGAUAUUCUAGAAUUUUAUAAUUUC